AAAUUUACAUUCUGGUAAUAUCUUAAUUGAUGAAAAUGGUGAUGCUUACAUUGGAGAUACUGGUCUGUGUAAACCCAUUGACCCUGCCAAAAUCCGACGUUCAUCUGAACCAAUGAGAUUAACUUUUCGCAAACGUACAAAUUCGAGUCCAACAGAAUCAAAAUCAAAACCUAUGAAUCUUUUUAAUGAUCCUUUGAAUAGACCAAGUAUUGAAGAUAUUGAAAAAAUUUUAAAUAUGAUUUUUAAUGAAACAGGAUUCGAGAUUGGGAUCAAAGGAAACGGAGAGAUACGAAGGGUUCUGUAUCAGGAGAGACAACGUAUAAUGCCUCAUAGGAAGGCAAAAUACGUUAGUAAAUUAAUUCCAUUUUUGAACAAAAAAACUGAUGCCCACGAGAUCAAACCAGUUCCAUUACGAAAUGGAGCUCAAAAUAACUUGGUUACGUCUAAUGAUCUUAUGAAUAAACUCGAUUCAGGAAUCGUUGAGGUAAAAUGUGAUUCAGGAAUCAUUGCGGCAAAACGUGAUUCUCAAGUUAUUCCUCAGGUUAAUCCUCAGGUUAAUCCUCAUACAAGUCCACAUAACAGCCCACAGCGUAGUUCUUUGGUUUCAAAUAAACAAUGUUCUGUUGUGAUAGUAAAUUCUAAAGAAAAUAAACCAAGAGCAUCAAGA